AUGGGAGGGCCAUAUGGCGCCGGAAUACAUCCUGUACCUUUGAUAGAGACAAACAAUACGUUGUCAAACCCAACGGGCCCCGAGUGGCAAUUCUUGGUCGGAGAAGGAACAUACACGCUUAAAGAAGACUUGCAUCUUGCGACACCUCCGCCCCAUCCUUCCGAAGCCACCGUCCCGAAUCCGAACCCUCUGUCAACCCUCCCACAGCCUGCCAGCGCUGGUACCUCAGUUUCCCUCAUCGCCCUCGAGAGUCGACCAGCCCCGAAUUUCUUGUACAAAGGCCUCUCGUCCACUACGCUUGCUCUGAGUGGUGCCCCGUCAAGUAUCCAGGAACAUCCAAAUGAAGGGCGCUACUCAGCCGAGGGAGGUAUGGCUAGUGAGGAUGGGCGAACUGGCUCAACAAGCGAUGCCGCCGCUGCCUCCAUAACCAUAGGCUCAGCGCCCGCCUUUGGCGAAGGCAAUGCCUUACUUACUCAAACGCCGACUAAGGAUGUGAACAAGAAGAGGAAGCCCAAGAACAACAUGACUAAGAGUAACUCCUCCUUUAUCUCACGUGUCAUUGUUAACGAGAGCCUCUCGAAGAAGCUCACAGAGCGACCAAACGAUGGUAUCUUUGCCUUUGCUAAUAUUAACCGAGCCUUCCAAUGGCUUGAUAUGUCAUCUUCCUCAAAGCAAGACUAUUUGACCAAAAUCCUUUUCACGAAAGCGCACUGUUUAUGCCAUGACGUAAACAUGCACACCAAGAGCGUCUCCCACCUUGAUGUUAUCAUGGGCUUUUCUACCGGCGAGGUUAUCUGGUGGGAGCCAAUCUCUCAGCGCUACACCCGAUUGAACAAAAAUGGUGCUAUCAAUGGCACGCCGGUAGCAGCGAUCCGAUGGAUCCCAGGAUCUGAAAAUCUAUUCUUAGCUGCCCACAUGGAUGGCUCACUUGUGGUUUACGAUAAGGAGAAAGAAGACGCCCAGUUCAAUCCUGAAGAGGAGGCAGUGAACGGAAAUGUUAACGGGACCAGUGGUGAGUCGCUCGACGCCAACAACCCUGGUUCUCAUCACAAUUCAAUUCGCAUCAACAAGUCGGUACAUUCAAAAAACCAAAAGGUCAACCCUGUCGCUGCCUGGAAGCUUUCCAAUCACCGGAUCAAUGCUUUCUCAUUCUCGCCCGAUAACCGACACUUAGCGGUUGUCUCCGAGGACGGCACACUAAGGAUCAUUGAUUAUCUGAAGGAAGAGCUCCUAGAUGUUUUCUACUCUUAUUAUGGCGGCCUCACCUGUGUUUGCUGGUCUCCAGAUGGCCAAUAUGUGCUUACUGGUGGACAAGAUGACUUGAUAUCUGUCUGGUCACUGUCUGAAUCAGCACUAGUAGCUAGAUGCCAAGGACACCAGUCUUGGGUAUCAGCCGUUGCUUUCGACCCUUGGAGAUGCGAUGAACGAAACUAUCGAUUCGGUAGCGUGGGAGAAGAUGGACGCCUGUGUCUGUGGGACUUUAGUGUCGGCAUGCUUCACCGACCCAAAGCGCAAUCUGUGCGACACCGCGGAUCGGUUUCGUCACGUUAUACAGCAUUGCAGAGGGCCGAAACGGCUACUACAUUCAACUCGCGCCUACGAUCUAAUUCGAAUCUUGAUAUCGAAGAUGAAGAGACGGCCAUCGCUCACCCGGUGGAGCCACGAGCUAGAAUUCCGAUGCUUCCUCCCGUCCUGAACAAAUCAAUUGACACGCACCCAGUGUGUUGGCUGGACUUCACAGAAGACGCUAUCAUCACAAGCUGCAAGUCAGGACACAUAAGAACGUGGCUACGACCUGGAUCGGAGCUUGCGGCACAGACCAAGGGAGCAGAAGCCCCGGCGGCGUCAUGA